AUGCGUGGUGAGCUGACGGUGGUCAUGAUCUGUAAACUGGCCGAAGAAGAAAAUCCUGGCCGAGUGAGCUUGGCACCUGGGUACAGACACAAGUGGACCUGGAUCAUGACCACCGGUAUGUACCCCUCCUUCGACCUUGGUACAUGGCCUGUGCCCCAGUCCACAAACAACCUGGCCAAGCAAUUCGCCGCACAGAAACACCUCCAACUGGUCCCACUCUUGUAUGAGACGCUUGCGUUCGAGGGGAUUGGUUUGGAGUGUUGGGGGGUUGGUAGGGGUGGAUUGGGGGGGGGGUGUAUGAAAGUGGUGGGGUAA